CUGUAUACACUAUAUUACUCUGUUCAGUCACUGUUAUUGCUUUUGUUACGACCCCAGGGUUGUGACUGCUUUUUCCUUGUGUAUAUGUGUCUGCAUGCAAGUGUGAUAUGGGUUGCAGGUGUGCAUGUUUUGAGCGAAUGACAUGUUACGUGUGAAUCUAGGUGGAUCCUGGGAGCUGAUUGGUAUCAGUUUAAGAGGCAUGAUCAUCCCAGUUGCAGUGGACUUCCUUGUACCAUUGGAGAGUGUUCUUAUUAUUAUUUACUACCUGUGUCUGAAUGUUGGUGUUUUAUUGUAUUCUACUGACUACAAGUCAAGGUUCCCAUGUAAUAAUAAAAAUAAAAUGAACUUUAGUUUGAAAACUUUGAACUUCCGGGUGAAACGUUGUACCUUUCCCCCGCAGUGUGUCAUGUUACCAUAGCAACGGAGUCGCCUGUUAGGAGGACACAGGGAACAUGUCAACGCCAAGGCUGGGUGUGGUCAGAGAGUCCAUGCUGACCAAUCCGUUGCUUAUUAAGGCAUCUCUGGGUCAGACUAGGUCCAGAGGUCUGUCAGUUCCUGGUCCAGAUUUCACUUUUGGAUCCAGGAGCAGCUCACUGGAGGACAAAGGUGUGGUGGAGGUUCUGUCCAGCUGGAGGGUCCAGUCCAGACGAGAGGACUCUGGUCCUCAUGGACCACUCGUUCCAGACUUUGUGACUCUGAAUCGUGAUGCUUUGAAGGCUGGUCUGGUAACGUCCAAAGAGCUGAGUCACUACCGAGCCCAGGGGGGUGGAGCCAAGACAAAGUGUCCUGCACCUAAACAGCCGGAAAGAGGCGGAGCUUCGCGGCAUUUUGUGAUUCCAGAGAUCACCCAUGGGGUCACACCCAGGGCGCCGUCUCCUCUGUCAGACCUCCUCUCGCACCAGUACGCUCACCGCUGGAUGGACGACCAGCUGAGCAGGAAUCAGAGCAGCAAUCAAAAACAGCUGCACAGGAUUAAACCAGGUGCAGACACUAGGACCAGUCUGCUGAGGAGAGGCCGUGUUCUGCCUGUGACACAACCACUGCUCAGACCCAAGCGCUGCACUCAGGUUCCUCCUGCUUUGGACACCUUCAGGGACCAGGAGACUCGGCUCCGGGCGUUCAGGGCUCAUCAGUCUGAGUCUGUGUCCAGGAGAGGACAUCUUGGUCUGGGGACGUACAACAUAGACCGAGCUCAGAACCAAACUGACUAAACCUGUCUUCACACUAAUAAACCAUUUAAAGCAUCA